AUGGGACUGAGUGAGCGUUUGCUCGAAGCGGAAGCCCUCUGGAAUCAUUGCAAAGAAAUUUUCAAGCAGUCAGCUAAUCACGCCCUCUUCAGGACUCAUUACAUGAUGUCUGCGUACACUUCCCGUUUCGCUCGACUACUCGAAGAAGUUAGUCAUCUUCCUCAUGGUGAUUACAUGCUCGUCAACAGGAAUGAUGGCGUUGUUAAAAUUCUGCCUCAGCUGAAAGAGAAUAUGAGCGUGUAA